AUGAUUUGCAAGGAAAUUCGGACUGAGAAUGAGUUUGUGAGGGCAAUGCUCGAUGACAGUGAAGAGAACGACGGUUUGUCUCCCAGCAGUGGGGGUGCGGCGAGUAGGCCGGAGAAGGAGCACGGUGUGACGGGGGCGAACGAGAUUGGCAACGGGAGCGAGAAGGCGAGCGGGAGUAGCGGGGUCGUGUCAAAGGUGUCGCAGGGCCAGAUGAUGGAGCGGGCAUACAAGAGGGAAAGGAAAAGGACGCUCAAGAGGGGCGAGGGUGGUAAUCAGGAGAAUAGCGCAUCGGAGAAGUCCAGCGGCGGCGGCAGUGGCGAGCGACGUGUCCAAUGCGUCGCUUCUGACAGCGAGAAUUCCGACCCAACGGCGAUCAUCUUCGGUGUCAUCGGUAUAUGCUGCAUCGUCCUUGUUGCCGCUUGCUUCGGCUACCUGUUGCUGGGAUCAGCGGAUGCUGAAGAGCCGGAAGGAGACGACGUUUUCGGUGGCGGCGGUGGUGGAGGUGAUGGUGGGGGUGGUGGUGAUGUUGGAGGUGAUGGAGGUGGUGGAGACGUCUCGCUGCCACCAGAUGUGCCCUUGCCACCAUUUACAGCUCGGACACCCGGAACAACGCCUGCUGGUCAAAGAACACCUGCGCAAAGAACUGGAGCCCCACCAGUUAUUGGCCCACCUGCAGUACUGAGGCCUUCGCCAGCUACUGUAACCCCACCAAUUAUUGGCCCACCUGCCGUACUCAGUCCUACUCCAACCUCAACUCCGACGCCUACACCAAAACCUACGCCGGCUCCCACACGACGAAUUACACCACCUCCCAUUCCGCCCCCGACACCACCUCCCAUUCUGCCACCGACCCCGAAGCCCAUUCCAAGGCCGGCAGCGAGGCCUAGUCCAGCGCUGACACCACAGCCCACUCCAAGGCCCACGCGGAGGCAGACGCAGACGCCCACGGCAAAGCCGACGCCCAGGCCCACUCCGAAGCUCACGCUGAGGCCCACUGCAAGUCCCACUCCGAGUCCCACUCCCAGGCCCACGCCGAGGCCCACGCCGGGGCCCACUGCAGGUCCCACUCCGAGUCCCACUCCGAGUCCCACUCCCAGGCCCACUCCAAGGCCCACGCCGAGGCUGACGCCGAGGCCCACGCCGAAGCCGAUGCCGAGGCCCACGCCAAAGCUCACGCCUACGCCCACUGCAAGUCCCACUCCGAGUCCCACUCCCAGGCCCACUCCAAGGCGCACACCGAGGCCGACGUCGAGGCCCACGCCGAAGCCGACGCCGAGGCCCACGCCGGAGCUCACGCCGAGGCCCACUGCAAGUCCCACUGCGAGUCCCACUCCCAGGCCCACUCUGACGCCCACGCAGAUGCCAACGCCGAAGCCCACGCCAAAGCCCACGCCGAGGCCCACGGCGAGGCCCACUGCAAGUUCCACUCCGAGUCCCACUCCCGGGCCCACUCCAAGGCCCACGGUGAGGCCAACGCCGAGGCCCAUGCCGAAGCCGAUGCCGAGGCCCACGCCGAAGCUCACGCCGGGGCCCACUGCAAGUCCCACUCCGAGUCCCACCCCCAGGCCCACUCCAAGGCCCACGCCGAGGCUAACGCCGAGGCCCACGCCGAAGCCGAUGCCGAGUCCCACGCCGAAGCUCACGCCGAGGCCCACUGCAAGUCCCACUGCGAGUCCUACUCCCAGGCCCACUCUGCGGCCCAUGCCGAGGCCGACGCCAAAGCCCAUGCCCAAGCCCACUCCGAUGCCCAUGCCGAGGCCCACGCCGAAGCUCACGCUGAGGCCCACUGCAAGUCCCACUCCGAGUCCCACUCCCAGGCCCACUCCAAUGCCCACGCCGAGGCCGACGCCGAGGCCCACGCCGAGGCCCACUGCAAGUCCCACUCCGAGUCCCACUCCCGGGCCCACUCCAAGGCCCACGGUGAGGCCAACGCCGAGGCCCAUGCCGAAACCGAUGCCGAGGCCCACGCCGAAGCUCACGCCGGGGCCCACUGCAAGUCCCACUCCGAGUCCCACCCCCAGGCCCACUCCAAGGCCCACGCCGAGGCUAACGCCGAGGCCCACGCCGAAGCCGACGCCGAGUCCCACGCCGAAGCUCACGCCGAGGCCCACUGCAAGUCCCACUGCGAGUCCUACUCCCAGGCCCACUUUGCGGCCCAUGCCGAGGCCGACGCCAAAGCCCAUGCCGAAGCCCACGCCGAUGCCCAUGCCGAGGCCCACGCCGAAGCUCACGCUGAGGCCCACUGCAAGUCCCACUCCGAGUCCCACUCCCAGGCCCACUCCAAUGCCCACGCCGAGGCCGACGCCGAGGCCGACGCCGAGGCCCACGCCGAGGCCCACUGCAAGUCCCACUCCGAGUCCCACUCCCAGGCCCACUCCGAAGCCCACAAUAAUUCCCACACCAAUGCCCACUCCGGGGCCGACUCUAAAGCCCACUCCAAGGCCGACUCCAAGGCCUACUCCGAGGCCUACUCCAAGGCCUAGUCCACGGCCCACGACAGUUCCUACGACAACUACGAAAGCAUUCUCUGUAGACGAGCUCAUCUGCACGGUGGGCGGAAAGGCCAUCUUCCCCGAAAUGAUCCCGACUGACGGGCUGUGCGAUUACAUCUACUAUGCCAACGUCGCCGUGGUUCACGGCGUCAUGCACGGCAUCGAAACCGAAGAAAGCUGGGUAACGUUCAAGAUGAUAAUGAAGACCCUCACAAAGACUUCGGGUGGCAUCGGAUUCGAUAUCCGGUACUCAGCCCCGACUAGUAUGAACGCAACGACCGAACAGGAACUGCAAAAUCAUUCUAGGCACAGCAACCUCAAGCACUACGGCGUGUUGAACGUGUUGCACACAUCAACGAAAGUAAAGAGUCUAUACGACAAGGCGAAAGUGCUUCUUGCAAAUCUGAAGGCUCUACAAGUGUCAACAAACGCCGUCAACUCGAAAACAUUAAUUGCUCUUGGCAUAUUCAAUUAUCGUGGCAAUAACGCGAUGGGCGUCCUCAGCGAUAUGUUCAACGACGCUGUCACCAACCACGUUGCGGAUACGGUCAUCGUCUACUCCUCUGUGGGGUGGAUCGAGCGAGAGAGCGAAUGCUACAGCCACCCGCCAUCUGUAUUUCAAAGAAGCGACCUGAAAGGGGUGGAUCGCUAUUAUGCCGACCGGGCACCAGAUAUCAAAAGUAUAACAAGGCUCAUGACGAGAGACAAGCCGUUCCCCUCCCACACCAAGGUGGGGCUAUCUUUCGAGCUGGGCACCCUCGUGUACACCGUAAAGGUCGCAAAUAAAGGUGUCCUCUCAGAAUUGGUCAACAUUGCCUGCAAGAGCCUCUACGUCACAAACUUCGACGUCGCGCCUUGCCUAGGAAACGUCCAGUCCAACCGAGCCAUAAUAUUUGAAGGCGUGGAGGUGGCCCAAUCACAGGCUGAUAUAAUGCAGGUCAUACUUUUCGAGAGCAACAAUACUAUCUUCUACAAGAUCAAAAAGCUGGCCGAGAAUUCCACCUUCCUGCGGCCGGGUAUGUCACUGCUGCUGCUCAACGCCCACCUCGGGGACUUCAGGAGCCCCGGAGAGAACCCGUGUACCCGGUACCGCGAAAAAGACCGAACCGACCCGUUCUACCGAAUCAGAUUAUUUAGGGCAUGGCUCGGGUUGCCCUAAAGCCGAACCGAGGCAGCUUGGGGAAGAGUGGUCGUCGGACUGUGGAGUGGUGUGUGUGGCGGUAGUGACAAGCUUGUGCCUUGGCCUUCACCUGGUGUUGUGCUUUCAUAAAGCGCGACACCCGACAGGAUGACUGCGUUUCCUCAAUAGUCGUCCCUUUGCGUAGUUCAACAAUAUCAGCGUAACUCUUA